CGUAAUUCCAGAACCAUUAACAUCUCCCCUGGCAAGCAAUCAAUAAUUUAUUGAUAAGAUCGCAUAAACUAGAGGAACCUUAAUCAAAUAGGACAUUUUUCAGGUCGAAAAGGCCAUAAAAGGAACAUGAAGGUCCAGUUAAUUUUGUGCGUAGCUGUUCUUUUGGUAGCUUCCGCAGCCGCGAGGUCUCUCGAAGCCUCAAAGAGGUGUUGUCCACCACCUCCACCUCCCCCACCAGCCCCGCCUGUUGCGGGACCCCCCGGACCUCCUGGCCCUCCAGGAGCCCUCGGCUGCGCGGGCCCUCCAGGAUCCACUGGUUGUCCUGGAUGGAAAGGUGCUCCAGGAGUAGCAGGACCAGCAGGACCAAUUGGACUUCCUGGAAAACCUGGUCUUAAUGGCGCACUCGGAGCACCCGGCCCGAUGGGCCCCAUGGGACCAUCCGGAUGCCAAGGACUUAAAGGCUGCCCUGGACUCAACGGUGCCCCCGGCCCAAUAGGACCUCCAGGACCGCCAGGACCACCAGGACCCCCAGCUCAACCUUGCUGCGGUUAGGAUGCAAUUCAGAAACAGAUCAAUCACCAAAAUCUGCUGCAACAGCAGACUACAUUGAAGAUAACUGAGAACCUGUUUCUGUAUUAGUCCUUCGUUCUCCUUCGAGGAGACUCUACUUUCAACAGAAAUCAAUUAAAGAUCUUUUUGAAUUACAAAAAAA